GAAUGAACGAGAGAUCCUUCGAGCCUCGAGGGCCCUUAUUUCCUUUCCUUGCCUUUCCUUUUUGUAGAAGAAUAGCAGAACAGAGAACUUCGUGGUUCUUCACUUGCUAGAAGUCACUCGUCACUCCCUCUCCUUUUACCUCAAGUCACUAACAGAUCCGAUCUAGGGUUUCAUUUCUUCCACUAAAAAUGGCAAUCGCCGCACAGACACCUGAUAUUCUCGGCGACAGACAGUCCGGCCAGGACGUUCGCACUCAAAAUGUGGUGGCCUGUCAAGCAGUCGCCAAUAUCGUUAAAUCCUCACUCGGUCCUGUUGGUCUCGACAAGAUGCUUGUAGAUGAUAUCGGAGACGUAACAAUUACCAAUGAUGGUGCUACUAUUCUUAAGAUGUUAGAAGUCGAGCACCCUGCUGCUAAGGUUCUAGUGGAGUUGGCUGAGCUGCAAGACCGAGAAGUUGGAGACGGGACAACUUCGGUUGUUAUUGUAGCUUCAGAGUUGCUCAAGAGAGCAAAUGAUCUAGUGAGGAAUGGGAUUCACCCAACUUCAAUAAUCAGUGGAUAUAGACUUGCUAUGAGGGAAGCAUGCAAAUAUGUUGAAGAAAAAUUGGCUGUGAAGGUUGAAAAGCUCGGAAAAGUCUCUCUAGUAAACUGUGCCAAGACAAGUAUGUCUUCAAAGUUGAUAGGAAGUGACAGUGACUUUUUUGCAAAUAUGGUUGUUGACGCUGUACAAGCAGUGAAGAUGACCAAUGUAAGAGGGGAAGUCAGAUACCCCAUCAAGGUGAUCAAUAUUUUGAAAGCUCAUGGAAAGAGCGCAAAAGAUAGCUACCUUUUGAAUGGCUAUGCACUAAAUACUGGCCGUGCUGCUCAAGGAAUGCCUAUGAAAGUUGCAGCUGCAAGGAUUGCAUGCCUUGACUUCAAUCUUCAGAAGACAAAGAUGCAGUUGGGUGUACAAGUCUUAGUCACUGAUCCCAGGGAGCUCGAGAAAAUUCGUCAAAGAGAAGCUGAUAUGACAAAGGAGCGCAUUGGGAAACUCUUGAAAGCUGGAGCCAAUGUUGUUUUAACAACAAAAGGAAUUGAUGACAUGGCUCUUAAGUACUUUGUCGAGGCGGGGGCUAUUGCUGUGAGACGUGUUCGGAAGGAGGAUAUGCGUCAUGUUGCCAAGGCGACUGGUGCAACCUUGGUUUCAACAUUUGCUGAUAUGGAAGGGGAGGAAACAUUUGAGUCAUCGCUUCUGGGGUAUGCUGAUGAAGUUGCAGAGGAGCGAAUUGCUGAUGAUGAUGUAAUUAUGAUUAAGGGUACAAAAACUACAAGCGCGGUCUCCUUGAUUCUCCGGGGUGCAAAUGAUUAUAUGCUUGAUGAGAUGGAGAGGGCGUUGCAUGAUGCCUUAUCUAUUGUUAAGAGGACCCUUGAAUCUAAUAUGGUAGUAGCAGGAGGAGGGGCAGUUGAGUCUGCACUAUCUGUGUAUUUGGAGUGCCUUGCUACAACUCUGGGAUCACGGGAACAGUUGGCAAUUGCAGAGUUUGCUGAAUCUUUAUUAAUUAUACCAAAGGUGCUUGCUGUCAAUGCUGCCAAGGACGCCACCGAGUUAGUUGCAAAACUACGGGCUUACCACCACACAGCACAGACAAAGGCCGAUAAGAAGCAGUUUUCCAGUAUGGGACUAGAUCUUUCAAAGGGGACUGUACGCAACAACUUAGAAGCUGGAGUCAUCGAGCCAGCCAUGAGCAAAGUGAAGAUAAUUCAGUUUGCCACUGAAGCAGCCAUAACUAUCCUUCGAAUUGAUGAAAUGAUCAAGCUUGUCAAAGAUGAGAGUCAGAAUGAUGAGCAAUAGGGUCAGUCUAGUUGGAAAUGCCCGUAUCAACUUUCUUGGUUUCCUUUUUUAGUUUUCUCUGUCUAUGAGGAGAGGAGAAGGGGAUUGGGGGAUGAGUUUUUUGUUGUUUAUAAUUGGCUUGGCAUUGAAAGGGGUCUGUUGGCGUUUGGUACCUUUUUAUUGUGCCGUUUUUAGUCUUUACUCUGAAGGGUAGUAGUGUAGGUUUUAGAUAGAGCCAAGGCUGGAAGUGAGUCAGUAUUUUAAGGAUGUUGACUGAUGAUCGGGGCUUGUGAUAGCUAAAGCUCUUUCAUCUUUGUCAAUCCCAACCAUCGUGAUGUUCAUUAGCUAGUAAUUCAUUGUGUGGAAAAAAGGACCUUGAACAGGUGUUACAACAUCAAUUAGAAUGUUCGAAUUGGAUCUUACGAGUCUAUAUUUCUAUGAAAUCGUUUCUGGGCC